AUAUGAAAGCCAAAAUAAUCUAUUAGAGAAAGGAUAGUCCUUUUACAAAUGGUGCUGAAACAACUAGAUAUCCAUUUGGGGGGGGAAUGAACCUCAAUCCUUAUAUGCCAUAUACGACAAGAAUUGGGAUGGAUCAAUGUAAAAAAUACAACUGGGAAGGGACACGGGAACUUCGGGUGGUGAUGGAAAUGUUCUAAAUCUUUUAUUUUGGUAGUUACACAUCGGUGUAUCAAUUUGUCAAAACCCAUUAAAAUGUAUACCUAAGAUAGGUGUACAUUUUGUUUGUAAAUUAUACCACAGUAACAUUGAUUUUUAAAAAGAAAUCAUAAUCGAUCACUCCCUUGCUUAAAAUAUUCCAGUGUAUGUUAGAUAAAAUCCAAACUCCUGAAUCUGCUGAGCCCUAAGUGACCUGGACCUGUCUACUUCUCUGACCCAUCUUGUUAGCGCGCUGUUUACUUUUGAUGUUCCUUCUUCCUGGACUGCCCUUCUCCCAGGUUUAGCCGUGGUUGAUUCCUAAAGAGCCCCAGCUCAGGAGCCACCUCCUCAGUGACGUUCUACCAGAUCACCUAACUCAUCACUUGAGUACAUCACGGUUCUUAAUCAGGAACCAAGUCUAUGGAUCUAGGACAGGUGUGUCCCAUGGCCGGCUCUGAACAGCGUGGUGUCCACUAGGAGAUCCCAUUGGCAAAUCAUCUCUGUUGCCUUACAGAGCAAGCAAAGGAAGAUGGAUCGAUUGAAGAGCCAUCUGCCUGUGUGCUUUUUACCUUCUGUGCCCUUUUUAAUCCUAGUAUCCACUCUGGCGACUGCUAAAAGUGUGACUAACAGCACUUUAAAUGGCACUGCUGUGGUCUUGGGCUCUGUGCCCGUAAUCAUCGCCAGAACUGACCAUAUCAUAGUCAAGGAAGGGAAGAGUGCCUUGAUUAAUUGUAACGUUUCUGGCGUCCCUAAUCCACAGUUCAAGUGGUAUAAUUCCAUUGGCAAGCUGCUGAAAGAAGAGGAUGAGGAAAGAGGAGGAAAAUGGCAGAUGCACGAGAGUGGCCUCCUCAACAUCACGAGAGUGUCUUUCUCAGACCGAGGUAAAUACACGUGUGUGGCUUCUAAUGUCUACGGCACCGUGAACAACACAGUGACCCUGCGCGUCGUCUUCACCUCCGGAGACAUGGGCGUCUACUACAUGGUGGUCUGCCUGGUGGCCUUCACCAUCGUCAUGGUCCUCAACAUUACCCGCCUGUGCAUGAUGAGCAGCCACCUGAAGAAGACUGAGAAAGCCAUCAACGAGUUCUUCAGGACCGAAGGUGCCGAGAAGCUGCAGAAGGCGUUUGAGAUCGCCAAGCGGAUCCCCAUCAUCACCUCAGCCAAAACCCUGGAGCUUGCCAAAGUCACCCAGUUCAAAACCAUGGAGUUCGCCCGCUACAUUGAGGAGCUGGCCAGGAGCGUGCCUCUGCCUCCUCUCAUUAUGAACUGCAGGACCAUCAUGGAGGAAAUCAUGGAAGUGGUGGGGCUGGAGGAGCAGGGCCAGAAUUUUGUCCGGCACACUCCUGAAGGCCAGGAGACCACAGACAGGGACGAUGAGGUCUACACGAUCCGCAGUUCUCUGAAGCGAAGCGAUUCCCCCACCGCCGACUCAGACGCCUCAUCGCUGCACGAACAGCCUCAGCAGAUUGCCAUCAAGGUGUCCGUUCAUCCCCAGGCCAAGAAAGAUCACGUGGACGACCAAGAGGGGGGACAGCUUGAAGUCAAAGACGAAGAGGAGACAGAACCGUCUGCUGAGCAUUCCCCAGAAACUGCGGAGCCUUCUACGGAUGUGACAUCCACGGAGCUGACCUCUGAGGAGCCCACGCCUGAAGAGGUAUCAGAUAGAGUCCUGCCGCCAGCUCACCUGGAAACGACAGAGCCGGCAGAGGCACAUGACAGAAACACCUGCAUUAUUUAUGAAAGCCAUGUCUAAAAUCAACUCCGAAAAGCUAUGCAUAUCAAGAAAAUCAGGGGCUGCUCCUGUAGUCCAGAUGUAGUUACGCACUUGCCGCUAAGCCUUACCAGGAGACUCUCAUCCCUUAGGUAGGAGUGAUGCCAUUUUAAAAGGGAAACAUCUGCGUGCAGUUCAUGUGACUGGAAUUUCCCCAGUAGAAAAGGACGUGGGAAACAUCUGGGUGCAGAAUUGAUAAUAUUGGACAGACGGUAUCUGUCCAUGUGAUACAAAUUAUAGAGCCUAUUCUCUGCCAAAUACCUUAAUUGGUGAUGCCCUUUUGGCAAAGAGUACACUACUGUAAGGUAAAUUCUGAGUUCGAGCUCUGUCCAAUGCACACUGCAUUGCUUUUCCUUUAAAAAAUUAAUAGGUCUGCUAUAAUAGCAAAUGCACGUAUAUGGGUUUGUUGCACUUUCUUCUCAGUUUUUAUUCCUUUCACUGUUCCUUUAUGAUGGAGUAGUAGUUGUUAUAGUAAUACUAAUGGCUCUUUCUGGUUUAGUCCUCUUUGCCACUUUGUCCUUAUUUUCCCCUAGAACAUUUACCUCAGAGGCUUUGGGAUCAGUCCCAGGUACCAAGGCUGAUAUCUACAAGUCGUUUGUAGUGUUCCAAAGUAGUUACUAGGCUCCUUAUUUUUGUCAUUUCCCAGGCCCGCUUUCAUACAUUGCUUUUUUGUUUCCAGUGAAGCUGCUGUCGUGAAACUGAGAAAAACUUUGCCCAGGAAUAGCACUUUAAUAGCCAAAUAAAAAUGUGUUUACCUGUCUCAUUCUGAGCUCAACUGACAUAUCAGGAGAUAUUGUCAAAGGUUCAAUAUACCCGUACUACCCAUGAAAACUGCUGUUUUUAUGUUUAAGUAACAUCAUCCUGCAAACAAAGACUGAUUCUUUAUCUAGAAAAUUUAUUGCUUCCAAAGACAGAGGCAUUCAAUGAAUCCCUGUAGGUUGUAGAAUAUUGGCUUCCUUAGAAGGGUGUGCAGGGACCAUAUGCCAUCGGGUGACUCAAACACUUGAUUUGAGACAGCAAAUGUAAGCAUCUGUAAAGUCAUGUAACUAGUUCCACUUAAAAACUGUAUGGCUAACUUGUUGGUCUUCAAAGGGGGAGUGAAAGCUUAGGAUAAUAAUAUAGGGAACUGUACCAGCAAAUUUUAUUCCAAAAUUAACUGAAUCCUUUUUUAGUUUCACAGAAAAAUGUAGUUAUAUGCAAGUCAGAAUGAUGUUAUGGACAAAAGACACAAUUAGUCAUCCAAAGGCCAACACCUUACCUGACUAUGCCAGUACCAGCUGCCUGGCUUUGGGCAAGUCUGGGUUUCAAUUUCCUUAUCUGUCAAGAGGGGGAGGACGAGAUGAGCUCGGAGCACCAUUUAAAUGGUCUCACUCCCUCACAGAACCACACCAAUAUUAUCAUCCUUGCUCUUUUUCACAAUUACUUGAAAGAUUUUCCCUUUUAUCUCUGGAUUCACCUAACAUUUUUUUGUGCUGCGUUACUUACUCAAAGAGGAUCGGUUUAGAAAAAUCGUCGCAUCUUAGUAAGUUGUGGAUCUUCUCCCCCACAAAAAAAUCAUUAGUUUAGAUUUAAUCUAAACUAAAAAGAAUCUCCAGUUUAGAUUUAAUUGUGGGGAGAAUGAGUAGUUUUAUUUCAUUUGCACUUAGCAGCAAGGGAGACCCUACCUUUAAGUAGUUAGAAGGGUCAUGGCCACGUCAGGUGUUGGGGUCAUGCCAUGGGAGGUUAUGUGGGCCAUGCUGGUAAUCAGAGAGCAGACACAGAUGUUAAGUCUCACUCUGUCACUAUCUGGAUAAUGGACCUUGGACAACUCUUCCCUAUUCAGAGGUUUAAUCUUUUUUCAUCUGCAAAAUACAGGAGUUGUACCUGAUGGGUCACAAGACCCUUUCUAGCCCAGACAUUUACAAUUUUAUAGAAAGUCUGUAAUCUCCCAUGAUGGGCACCAUGAUGGGCUGGAAGAGACAAGCCACAUUGGGAGCAAAAGUAGGUACAUGAGAUUGGAUGCUUUUGCUCUCUAAGCUUGACAGCAAAUGUAUCUGGCUCUAUAGCUGAGGGUAGUGGGUUUGGCUUUAGAAACGGCCUUGAUGGGUUUCUUUAAUCAUAAAUAACUGGUGUGGAAGGCAAUCUGAAAGACAGGGAGUUUAAUUAGACAUCUUUUGGUCAGGAAUGAACUGUUAGCAUCUAGUUAGAAGUGAUUUGGAUGGUCACAGAAAGGAAUUAGUAAUGAGCAAUCAAGAGAAACCAUGACUUCAGGUUGGGCUCUCUGGACUGGGAUUUUAUAUAUUUGGGUUACAGAAAAAACUUAUCUCCGACUCUUAGACUAUAAACAUUUUCCACUUGUUAUCGAGGUCAACAAAUUGUUACCAUGGAUCUAUACGUCCAAAACAACAACAGAGACUUAAGCUCAUUUUAUGAUAUUGUGUGAGCUUUCUGCCAUUUUAUUCAGUUUUAUUCUACCCAAACCCAUGUGCAGAUUUCCAGAUGGAAAUUAUAGAAGACAUAUAUUCCAUCUAGACAUUGAUUAGGGGUAAAAAGUUUAAAAUGGGCAGACUUUUUAUGAAGCAAGAGCAGAAAUGUGUGACCAAAGAAUAAUGCAAUUUUGGUUUUAGCUUCUUUAGACUGGAGAGAUUAUAUAGAUUUUUUCAAAACUUUCCCCCUCUUUAAAACAUCAAAAAGCUCUUGAUAUAAUAAUAGCCAACCUAAAAGGAGAUUUGCUUACAGUGGAGAUAUCUCCUUCCAGAAAUUCUACACUCUUCCUAUCCAUUCUACAGCUUCUUUACAAAGUGAGAAAGACUCUCCUGCUAGAACAUGAAAUGUAGAAGACCUCGUGACUUUCAGCUGAUUUUUAAAGAUAAACUGUUCAGCUUCAUAGAAAUUCAUAGAAGUAUGGCUGAAUGUGUGUACAUGUGUGCACACACACAUGUCAGGCUCAUUUGGGCAGUUUUAAAAGCUUAAGACUAAAUCCCACACCAUGUCCUUUGGGUCUUAUGUAGUCAUUCUCAAAAUCAAACAAUUUCUGGUUUCUGUGUCAUCUCGUCAUAUCUCUAGCAAUUUUUUUCCUUGAAAUUCUGAAAAUGAUUCAGAUAUGUGUGCAUAUUUAAUUCACUUAGGUGAUCUGUAAACUUGGAUGGUGUUUAUUCUAAAUGGAAAAAAAAUUUUAUACUGAAAAUCUAUGUAAUUUAUAAUGGUUUUGUUUAAUAUAUUAUAUUUUCGUAUCUUUAGGGCACAUCUAUUGUCAUCUUUUUGUAUAUCAUACUUGGCAAAAAGAAAUACUAAUACUUGACUAAAAUCUCUAGGAACCAAAUGUGAUACAUAGCAUAUAGAAAUCAUUCUUAAAAUAUCUGAUUGUUCCAACCCAUCCCAAACAUUAUUGUGCCAUGUCAUUAUAUCCAGAAUGAUUUGUCUCAGAUGCAUUCCGUUUUUCAAAAGGCUAAGAGGCCUGACAUCUCUCACAAUGGAUUCUGGAAUCCCUUUCCCUUCUUUUUCUUUUUUUUAACUGUUUGCUUCAUUUUUAAUUGUCUAUGUUGUUUAAGCUUCCCUUGAAAGGGCAAGUGUGAGAUAAGAAAACAACUUGAUGAAAAGACUGAACUGAACUAUGGCUAUGUAAGUUAUUUAAUGGACUGAUAAUUUGUUUUAAAUCUAAUGCUUGGAUUGUUAUUUAUUGGUGAUCUAGGACCUGCUCACUUCUCUAACACAGGAAGAAAAUGUGAGGCACAAAGAAUAUUUGCGUGUUUUGUACAGGUACACUCUCAGUGUAGUGCAGCCAACACAAAUCAGCUUAACUAUAGAAACAUCAAUCCCAACCACUGGAAGAACUGUUUUAGAGAGACAAAUCAGACACCUUUUAUUCGCAGAUUGAAAUACAGUGUUGUAUCAGUGCUGAAACUCUUAACUGGUAGCCUCUGUGAUUCUGUAAUGGGGGUUUCCUCCCAGUGUUUAAUUUGGUAAGAAAAUGGAAUAUUUAACUUACCUUUCAGAUACUCCAUUUUAUACUUAGCACAGUUCAAUGCUAUCCUGUACCUGUCUUCACAUACCCUUUUGACAGUCCCUUAAGAUUAUUAUCCCUGUUUCUAUCCUUGCUUUUAAACUAAUUUAUUGGUACUCUUUAAAUAUCUACUAAAUCUCAUUGUAUAUUCUUACACAUACUUUGAGCACCUGAUAUCUUCAAGAUAUUAGUCCUUUUUAGGUUCAUCUAUUCAUUUAAAACUCCUUCAGUAGAUAAAGUUCAUUUUCCUAAUGACUUUUUAGGGUUUCUACAGUAAUUAAUCAGGUUUGGAUUAAAUAAAUCAGUGGUGGGGGAAAAAUCAAAUAAAACAGAAUUGCUUAUUAUGUUUUCCAAAAGACUGAGUGAUUUUCUGUUAUACAAGAAAAUGUCAUAUGAGGGUGAUAAUGAUCGUUGAGAUUCUUUAGAGAUGUCGUUUUUAAGGCAGCUGAUACUUAGAAUACCACAAUCAAAACUGAAGCUCUUAGAGAAUAUAAAAAUAGAAAGCAAAUAGUUCUAAGAAUAUUUUGGCAAAAAUUAUUUUUAUUUAACCAGUAGCAAAAGCCUUCAAAUGCAUCUCUCAGACACCAUAGAUCUGUCUACUGUGAGUUUGGGUCAAAGAAGAUGCUUAUAUUUAUGUUUGGUUUGCUGUAUAUCUAGUUCUGGAUGGCCUUCGUUAAAAUUGGAAAAUAAGAUGAAAAAAUUUAUCUGGGCGGAAAUGUCAAACUGGUAAUUUUGUGAACUAUAAGUGUUCACUUUUUAAAAAUAAUUUAAAGGUGGAAACAAAUGAGUAAUAUUUAAAUUGAUGUUAUAGUAGAAAAAAAAUUAUGUGAUCCAUCCUGUAUUUUGAUUGUUGCUUUAAUAAAGGGAUUGCACAUGUGUGCGUAAUGUGUGUCGUGUCCCACCUGAAAGGCAUGUCUUUGUGCCCUGAUUUACUCUUUCCAAUGAUAUGAAAUCUGUAGUCAGUUCUUAUCCUGACUUUUUGCAUCUGCGGCGUAUCUUGGGGAGAAGAGGAAAACUUAAAUAACUUUUAUGUAAAACUACAUACUUGAUCCAAAUUUAGAAACCUUAACUCUGUCCUGACAAACUUUAUAGCAACUUAUUUUUAUCUAUAUCAACAAAUAAUUUUUAACAGGUAACGUCAAGCUUACUGUAGAGAAUCUAAAAAUCAGGAAACUCACAUACCCAGAACUUUCCAUGGGAAAAGUAAAUCUGCCACAAAACACCUAGACAACACCAAAUCUAGGUCAAAUCAGAGCAUGCUAAGUACAUAGGUUUCUCUGACAAUCAGGAAGCUUCGAAAGCCACAUUCCUCUCACAUAAGACAAGAUGUGGAUGACAUGUAAGCAGAAACAAGAAAGGAGACUACCAAAUGGGAAAGUGAGACAAUGAAAAGGGCAGAAAGUAUUUUACUCUCCUUAUUUUACCGUAGACUAAAGAGGCAACCAAAAGUACUGAGUGAGUUACUUAGUAAACCACGCAUGUAACUAACCAUCCAUAGAUUUUCUCAAGCAAUAAAGGGUUUAAGAAAAUUAUGCUGGCAUCAAUGAAACCAUUAAUAACUGUGUCCUCAUGAAAGAGAAAAUAGGAAAGUUUUGUCCUAACAUGAUAAUUUUGAUCGGUGCAUAUUUUCAAACCCAGAACAAACAGUUGCUAAAUUUUUCUGCAGGUUUUGGAAUGCCAUGUUCUGCAUUGGCCUUAAUCAAAGGAGCGAGGUAAGGCUUAAUGUUAAUCAGUGAUUUUUAAAGGAUACAGUCAUAGAGUUACAAAAUAAGUAGGUUAUCAGGUUUACCUAGCUUUCCUACAGCAUGCUUAACAAGUAGUAGUUCAGCCCUGCUUGAAAAUCUGACAAAUUGGGCGCUCACUACCUCCUGCAGUAGCAUAUUCUGUUGCUGAUAGGUUUUAAACUCUACUACUUAAAAGUAGUACCACAUUGGUUCUUGAUCUGAGUUGAAAAUGCGAGCUAGUCCUGCCACAAUAAAAUUUGCUAUCAACACAAAACUAAAAUUAUAAAUGUAUUUGUAUAAAGGAGGUUUACAAUAAUUUGGGGUUCUCCUGAUACCACAUAAAUUAUAUGCCAAGAGGUGCAUACCCUUUUGAGUGCAUGGUUUCUGUCACCUGGCAGAAGUCAGGUGAAUCAGGUGCUGACCCGCCCCCGCCAGGCCCUGAGAUGCCCUAGGGCUAUAGCUCAUUAAAUAAGGGAUGUGUUAUUUUGUUAAACAAGCCAAAACAAAAACGAACAAACUAGCAGAUUAAUUGCCUCAGUAAAUUAUGGUUUGAAGGACCAUUAGAAUUGACAUACUAAAGAAAGUGUAUAUACAUAUGUGUUAAGUGGCUUAUUAAAGUAUUUUGAACUAACAAUUGGAUUACAGCUGGCACCACUUGCAUUCACACUACUAGGUAAAAUGGACUCCAAGGGUAAACUAACAAUUUUCCUAAGGUACUGAAGAAUAAAAAAUAAGUUUAAAAAAUAUAUGAAGAUUGAUACAGCAAUAUGAAUUUUUCAAAAAAAUUCUCACUACCGAUGGAGUGGGUUUUCUUUAAAUUGACUCUUGUUUUCAAGUUCAUUAUGGAAUAGGAAUCCCAGUGAAUAUGUAAAAAAAUCACUUAUGCAUAGAAGUCUAACAAAAUUGGGGGACUUUUUGUUGUUCAGUGUAAAUGCUGUACAGCGUCUAUUUCCUGAAACUUAUCAUGAUUCAUAUAAAGCUGAUGCAUAUUGGAGACCCGUAACGUGAUCAGUGCCUGUGGUUUUAAGUCUGAUUAGUAUGUUGACAGGUACUGCACACUUCUUCCAUUUAGGCUUUUGGUGGGGUGAACAACGUUUUCUCAGAGACUUAAGAAGAUUCCUAAUUCUAGCUGUCAAGGUUUUUACAUGCAAUGGGGAACACAUGACAAGUGUUUCUGAAGAAAGAUCUAAUUCUUCUGUGCCAGCUGUGCCGCUUGCCCACGUGGUCAGCGAGGUUUUCUGUUCUCUUCCCUCCUACCAUUAUCUCAGCUGUUCGGCCAGUGGACCAAGUUACUAUGCAUGAAGAAAAAUGCUUGAUUACAGAAUAUAUUCUACAAGAAAAUUCAUCUACCAUGUAGCAGACACUUUAUUAGUUUAUCAUAAAAGAGGUACAUUUUAAUGCUGGUGAUGUCUGAAAUUAUUUUCAAACUGAAACACUACAAAAAUUAUGACUAAGCAUCAUGUUGGUAGAAAUGUCUUCAUCUAAAGAAGAAGAAAUUUGAAAGUGUUAAGACCUCAGAAAUUACAGAAAAUUUACAAUAUCCUAUUUGUAGGGAAAAUAAAUGAUAGCUAAUAUGGGGAAUCUGUGAUCAUUAAACUUGAAUG